CCAUUAGAUAUGAUGGAUAUAUCUUGAACUACAGCCUCAAUUUCCGACCCAAUACAGAGACCUUUGGGGCCCGCAAAAUCUUUCAUAGCGUCUGUAAAGUGGCUUGCGAGGUUAGUCAGUCCUACUGUAUAGUACUUGUUGCAGCCUACGACCUUUGGAGAAUCGAUCACAAAAAAAGUACUAAUAAUCAAAGUUUCACCGGUUCCAACUUCCAAGUCUUAGACGUUGAACGCUCUGAACACUUCAAGUUGGAAACAUCGAUAAAGCGUCGCUAAGGGAGGUCUGCCAAAUGUCGUUUCCUCAGUGUUUGAAGAUCCCCAAUCAAGUGUUUUAAAUGGUUAAUGCUAGCCGUGGAGGACAUGCAUACCCCAAGCCGGAGGGAGCUCCCCGUCCUCCUGACGUUCCGCGACGGCCAGAUCGACGUCGAGUCUCUCCAGCCAGGACAUACCAUCGCCGUGCUCUACCCCGAGAGAUCCUUUUGUCUAGGUGAGCACGUCGUUAUGCGCGUCCGCGAUCCAGCGAAAAUCAAGGUCUUUCCGUGUGAUCUCGAUACGCUGCUACAGAUAAACGAAGUCAUCAGGGACAGACAUCCCUUGGCGACUACGUGCAUUGUGCAAAUUAUGAGGAGAGGGAGCCGGGAUACACUUUCCCUCUUACGAUGCACGGGAUGCUUUGGGAUACCGUGUUGCGGAAAGCAAAGGGGGUUCCGGACCGUUGUUCCGGAACACCGGGUUGGUCGGUCGCCUUUAAGGCUGCUUAAAAAAAUUCUCUAUCGAAUUUUUUUUUUUGCUUCUUCAAAUUGAUACCAGCUCACCAAGACUUAGGCUAUGAUGCCACACAAGUUUGACGUGAGGAACGAACGGCUCAAACUCUGUGAUUGGCCAAGUAAAGCGUAGUGAUCAGAGA